UUCACUUUGACUCGCCCUAGGGAUGGGCUGUGACACUUUUAUUCUUUUUUCUUUCUUUCUUUCUUUCUUUUUUUUUUUUUUUCAUCUUUUUCCCUUGCUCAGCUUCAAAUGUGUUCCGGAGUGGGGACCGGGCGGCUGAACCUCGCUGGUGGCAGAGAGGCUCCCCUGCAGCUUCGGGGCUCCACGUGGAUCCGAUGGGGCCGCUGGGGACCUGGGGGGUCCCGCUCCUCCUCCUCCUCCUCCUGCUGUCCAAGCAGGGCGGAGAGGCUUCCACAGCCAGGACCUGCCCCCAGGAGCCUCUCAGGGCUGCCUGCAGAACCAGCGAAUGCUGUUUUCAAGACCCGCCGUAUCCCGAUGCAGACUCAGGCUCAGCCUCCGGCCCCAGGAACCUGAGCUGCUAUCGGAUACCCAGCGCUGGUUAUGAGUGCUCCUGGCAGUAUGAGGGUCCCACGGCUGGGGUCAGCCACUUCCUGAGGUGCUGCCUUAGCUCUGGGCGCUGUUGCUACUUUGCCGCAGGCUCAGCCACCCGGCUACGUUUCUCCGACCAGGCCAGGGUGCCUGUGCUCUGCACCGUUACACUCUGGGUGGAAUCCCGGGCCAGGAACCAGACAGAGAAGUCUACUAAUGUGACCCUGCAGCUCUACAACUCAGUUAGAUACGAGCCUCCUCUGGGAGACAUCAGGGUGUCCAAGUCGGCCGGGCAGCUGCGUCUGGAGUGGGAGACCCCAGACAAGCAGGUUCGUGCCGAGGUGCAGUUCCGGCACCGGACACACAGCAGCCCGUGGAAGUUGGGUGACUGCGGACCUCAAGAUGGCGAUACUGAGUCCUGCCUCUGCCCCCUGGAGAUGAAUGUGGCCCAGGAAUUCCAGCUCCGACGACGGCACUGGGAGAACCAGCGAAGUCUGUGGAGCAAGUGGAGCAGCCCUGUGUGCAUUCCCCCCAAAAACCCCCCACCACCUCAGGUGAGGUUCUCGGUGGAGCAGCUGGGCCGGGAUGGCAGGAGGCGGCUGACCCUCAAAGAGCAGCCAACCCAGCUGGAGCUUCCAGAAGGCUGUCGAGGGCCGGCGUCUGGCGCGGAGGUCACCUACCGUGUGCGCCUCCACAUGCUGUCCUGCCUGUGUAAGGCCAAGGCCACCAGGACCGUGCACCUGGGGAAAACGCUCAAUCUCUCGGGUGCUGCCUACAACGUGACUGUCACCUCCUGGAACCGAUUUGGUCCUGGCCUGAACCAGACGUGGCACAUUCCUGCUGACACCCACACAGAACCAGGGGCUCUGAACAUCAGCGUCGGAACCAGUGGGACCACCCUGUACUGGCCCGCCCGGGCUCACAGCACGACCUACUGCAUCGAGUGGCAGCCUGUGGGCCAGCAUGGGAGCCUUGCCAACUGCAACCUGACUGCGCCGCAGGACCCGGAUCUGGCUGGAAUGGCAACCUACAGCUGGAGUCGAGAGUUUGGGGCAAUGGAGCAGGAAAAGUGUUACUACAUUACCGUCUUGGCCUCUGUGCGCCCAGAGAAGCUCACCUUGUGGUCUACAGUUCUGUCCGCCUACCACUUUGGAGGCAAUGCCUCAGUGGCUGGGAUGCCGCCCCACGUCUCGGUGAAGAAUCACAGCUCGGACUCGGUGUCUGUGGACUGGGAGCCAUCCGUGCUGAGCACCUGUCCCGGCGUCCUGAAGCAGUAUGUCAUCCGCUGCCGAGAUGAAGACAGCAACCAGGUGUCAGAGCAGCCCGUGCAGCCCACAGAGACCCAGGUUACCCUCCGCGGCCUGCGGGCUGGCGUGGCCUACACGGUGCAGGUGCGAGCGGACACCGCGUGGCUGAGGGGGGCCUGGAGCCAGCCCCAGCGCUUCAGCAUCGAAGUGCAGGGUUCUGAUUGGUUCAUCUUCUUCGCCUCCCUGGGGAGCUUCCUGAGCAUCCUUCUCCUGGGCGUCCUCGGCUACCUUGGCCUGAACAGAGCCGCACGGCACCUGUGCCCACCCCUGCCCACACCCUGUGCCAGCUCCGCCAUUGAGUUUACUGGAGGGAAGGAGACUUGGCAGUGUAUCAACCCGAUGGACUUCCAGGAAGAGGCAUCCUUGCAGGAGGCCUUGGUGGUGGAGCUGACCUGGGACAAACGCGAGGGCACUGAAGCUCUCGAGAAGACAGAGCAACCUGAGGGUACCCCUGAGCUGGCCCUGGAUGCAGAGCUGUCCUUGGAGGAUGGUGACAGGUGUAAGGCCAAGUUCCUGGGGCUCAGUGAGCCGGAUGGUCAGAGGUGUAACCCUGCCCAGGUGGGAGCUAGACACCCAUUGCUCCUGGGAGAUCCGGGCCUGGAGGCCUGAGGGAGAAAUGGGAACGUCCCCUUGGUCUUACAGACAGGAAGAGCGACUAUCUCAAUCACGACGACUGGUUAUUAAGCGCUCAUGGCAUACCCAGCCCAUGCCAUCCACUCAUGAUUCCCACCAAAUCCCCACAGUCACCUCUUGCAAGGAACCAUGGCGGUUCUAUUUCGCAGAUGUGAUCCCUGAGGCUCCAAGAGGGUGAGUGACUCGCCUGAGGCUGCGCAGCACCCACAGGAGUCCAAUUUGGACCCAGAUAACCCAGAGCUCCUCCAGGCUCCAGUGCGCCUGCCUCCUGUCUUCCCUGCUCCUGUCGUCACACACCGGGAGGGGGCAACCCUAGAAGCUGCCGUGAAAUGGAAGCGGCUGCACCCUGCUGGACCUGGCAUCCGUGGGGCAGGAGCAGACCAUGCCAUUGACCUGUUCUGGAGUAGAACAGACUGGGAAUGGGGGCAAAGCAGGCUGAGAUGGAUCCUGGGGGCACUGGAUGGGGAGUCUGGACUCAAGGGCUCCCUGCAGCACUGAGGGUCUUGAAGCUUGGAGGAUCCAGGCAUGUGGGAGAAGGGGCUGUAAACAUUGUGGGGAAGAGGAUGGUCCUCCCAUCCCAACCCCACCCCCCUAUAAAAUGGGGGUGAUGAUAAUGAGCUUACAGAGCUGUUCAAAAUCAUCCUAAAUGAGUCUCCUCUUAGGUGCUUUUUUCCAGUUGAGGCUUGAAUGUCCUGCUCAAAAUCUCCAAAUAGGAGCCUGGGAAUUCA